AUGUUGUUUGCAAAUGAUAUUGUGCUUAUUGACGAGUCGCGAAGCGGUGUUAACGCGAGACUAGAGGUGUGGAGACAACCCCUGGAGUCGAAAGGUUUCAAGUUGAGCAGAACUAAGAUAGAGUACUCAGAGUGCAAGUUCAAUGAGGUGAUUCAGGUAGAGGAUGAGGACGUACAGCUGGAUAUUCAGGUCAUCACGAAGAAAGAAAGUCUCAAGUACUUGGGAUCGAUCAUCCAAGGGAAUGGUGAGAUUGAUGACGAUGUCACACAUCGUAUUGGAGCGGGAUGGAUGAAAUGGAAACUCUCUUCGGAGGUGUUGUGCGAUAAGAAGGUGCCGCCUAUACUAAAGGGAAAGUUCUACAAAGUGGUGGUUAGACCGACUAUGUUGUACGAGACGGAAUGCUGGCCAGUUAAGAAAGCACAUGCCCAGAAAAUGAAGGUAGCAGAGAUGCGGAUGCUGAGGUGGAUGUGCGGGCAUACCAGGAGAGAUAGGAUUCAGAAUGAAGUGAUUCGGGACAAGGUGGGUGUGGCCCCAGUGGUGGAUAAGAUGUGGGAAGGGAGGUUGAGAUGGUUCGGCCAUGUGCAGCCAGAGGCGAAUCCAGGAUUUCAGGAGAAUGAGUUCACCUUAGAAUAUUUUUUUUAA